CUCUAAAUAAACUUCUCAUUACAUUCCUAUAAUAUACUUUUUUAAUAUAUUAAAUCUCAAAAUGAAUUCUUUCAGAAGAAUACUUUCGAUGUGCCAAUGCCGAGGAGACUGCCGCAGCAAUGGACCCAUUCCCGCCUUGCAGGGGCUCAACUUCGUGCACGUGUGAACCCGUCAUCAAUGUCCCUCCACCACAAAUGCCUCGUUGCGAUUGUAUGAAUCUAACAAAUUGGUUGUCAAAUACGGCCUCUGGACUGGCCAACGUAGAAGGAAAUAUUGCAGAGUUGACUACUGAUAUUGGUGAUCUUAAAGCAUCUGUUGAUGGGCUAAAGGCAGAUAGUCACAAGCCUGGUGCAGGCAGUCAUGGAGCACACGUCGAAUCUGACUAUGUGAACUACUACGACGAGAUUGCACAGGCAACUUGUACAGCCAUGAAUACAGCAGGUGGGUGGACCUUUGCCGUACG